UUUUGAUUUUAAACGAUACAAAAAUAUAGAAAAGUCUCCUGCCAUUGGACAAAUGAAUGACGCAAUACCGGAUCUUAAACCAAAAACUAUAAAUAAACAUCCAUAUUCUCGAAUCGGUCCUCCAAAUUUUAUUCCCAAUUUCAAAAAAAAAUAUUCUAAAAAAUCUACCAAAAAAUCCCGUCCCCAAAAACGAUUACGAGUAGAUACGUUAGGAACAUACUAAAAUGAGCUGCCCAAAACAAAUUAAUGAAAACAGUCCGUUGGCACUGAAUAGUGCAUUAAGUAUUUUUUCUGUACCUCCUACAAACGUUUCUGUUGUCCGGUCCUUUUUUAGAGAAAUUCUACCUCUUAGUACAAUAACACAAGAUUCC